GGUCUUAAAGGCCAUCUUUCAAUUUAAUUUUAUAACUUAAUUUAUACAGAAUAUUGCAUGAAAAUGUAAAUUUAAAAAGACAUACAUAAGAAUACAUAUGUUUUACAACACCCACGGGCAGAAAUUAAGAAAAAAAAGUGCCUAUUCUAAGCUACGCUCCAAAAACCCGCCUUUUCCCAGAGAACGCGUCAUAUGACGUAACGACAGGCAAACAUAGGCGCUGCAGCCCUGGUUCUCAGUGUGGGUUUACGUAGUCUGAGAGGUGGAAACAGAAAAUAGAGAUUGUCGUUCUCGUUAUUAUAGUUAUAGUAGGUUUGAGUUGUCACAAUGGUGAAUUCUUGUGUUUGUUUUGGAUGCAACAACUCCAACUUGUCUGGCCAUCGGGUCCACCGAUUUCCAAACAAGAAACACAAAGAUUUCCGUGCUUGGAUACGUUUCGUCCAGGCAAAGAGAAGCAAUUUCGCUGCCUCCUCGUUGACAAGACACACGGUGGUAUGUGAAAAACACUUCACACCGGACAGCUACAACCAAGGAGAUCUUAUGGAAUUUCGCAUGGGAUUUCGACGAAAAGAGUGGGUUAGGCUGGCAAAUGGAGCUGUGCCAUCGGUGCAUGCAGGUCCACCUGCAAAAUCUGGCGGGAGUGAAGAGUCUAACGUUAAUGUUAGCACUAGGAGAGAAUCUGCGCGUCGAAAAAGGGAGCUUUGCACAAUUUUGGGAGAGAGUGCUGCCAGCAAAGACGGGGGCGGUGCAACUGCCACUUCAGAUCCUGAAGAUGAUGGAGAUGGAGACAUCUCUACAAUGGACCCUGAGCCAGAAGUGGUCCAUCGUGGAUCACAGUGCAACAUAAGAUGUUUACAUCGUUCAUUAGGUGUUCAGGAAAAGCCUCAGAUGGUGGAUGUGGGGACUCCACUGGCCAGUCCUGAACAAAGUGAUGAUGAAUGGUCAUUUUCUGAUAUCAUCAACCAUUCUGGUGAUAUGUCAUGGAGUCCAGGGGAGGAGAUGUUGAGCGAGUCCUCUGAGGAGGAACCAGAAGAGCUGGAAUCUCUCACUGACCCAAAUGCUGUUGACAAGUUCAUUGUUUGCCAGAGGCAGUUGCUGUCCUUGUUCACGGUUUGCUCUGCAUGCUGCGGGGAAACCCAGGGACACAUAAUGCACCCGGAAGGAACUUUCAUAAAAGUCAAGCAGGCCUGCGGAACUUGUGGUUAUGAGCGUUACUGGCAAAACCAAGAGAAGGUGCAUCGAAACAUGCCUGCCUGCAACCUUUUACUCAGCGGUGCCAUCCACUUCUCAGGUUGCAUGGCUUCUCAGACAAUCAGGAUGCUGAAGCUGUUUGGACUGCAGUGCAUAAGUCCUGGCACUUUUUUCUGCCAUCAGCGCUAUUACUCUAUCCCUACCAUCAUGCAGGCCUGGAGGAAUGAGUUAUCACUUAAAAACUUCUCUUGGCAGCCCUACAUUUCAAUAGUAAUGGCAACAGAGAUGUAGCGCGAACUAGUGAGGGUGAGGGACGCUACGCUGUUCGCUACCCACGGUUUCGGAAAGGUGGCUGGGUAGUCCACCCCAUCAAGGAGAAACCAUCUUACGUAUACGCAACAAAUCUUAUGGUCUCUCUGGUAGAGGAAUACUGCAAGACACCGCAGGCCCUCUGCUGCACCGCCCCCCUCACCUCUUCCGUCCAGAAGGUUGCCAAGGAUGAGGCAGUCAGCCUCAAUCUCGCACGACACUCACGUUUUAACAUGUAAUAAAAGAUCAAUUUUA